CGUUCCCGGCGCCGCUCCCGAUCCCGAUCCCGAUCCCGGCCCCGGCCCGUGAGGGCGGCUUGGGGCGGUCAGAUGCGGCGGCGGACAGGAUGCACCAGAAGCUGCUUCGCAGCGCGCACUACAUCGAGCUGGGCAGCUACCAGUACUGGCCGGUGCUGGUGCCCCGCGGCAUCCGGCUCUACACGUACGAGCAGAUCCCGGUGUUCCUGAAGGACAACCCCUACAUCACCGAUGGAUACCGUGCAUACCUGCCCUCCCGCCUGUGCAUCAAGAGCCUCUUCAUCCUCUCCAACGAGACCGUCAACAUCUGGAGCCACCUGCUCGGCUUCCUUCUCUUCUUCACGCUCGGCAUCUACGACCUGACCGCGGUGCUGCCGGCCGCCGGCGCCUCCCGCGAGGACUUCGUCAUCUGCUCCGUCUGCCUCUUCUGCUUCCAGGUGUGUAUGCUUUGCUCAGUAGGAUACCACCUGUUCUGCUGCCACCGCUCCGAGAAGACCAGCCGGCGCUGGAUGGCGCUGGAUUACGCGGGCAUUUCCAUCGGGAUCCUGGGCUGCUACGUGUCAGGCGUGUUCUACGCCUUCUACUGCAGUAACUACUGGCGCCAGGUGUAUUUGAUCACUGUGCUGGCCAUGAUCCUGGCAGUGUUUUUUGCUCAGAUCCACCCCAGUUACCUCACACAGCAGUGGCACAGGCUGCGCUCCAUCAUCUUCUGCUCCGUGUCUGGCUACGGAAUCAUUCCCACCAUCCACUGGGUUUGGCUCAAUGGAGGCAUUGGGGCAUCCAUUGUACAGGAGUUUGCUCCGCGGGUAUUUGUCAUGUAUUUCAUCGCUGCUGUCGCUUUUCUCUUCUAUAUUUCCAAAGUUCCAGAAAGAUACUUCCCAGGCCAGCUGAACUACCUUGGCUCAAGCCACCAAGUAUGGCACAUCCUAGCAGUGGUGAUGCUGUACUGGUGGCACCAGUCCACAGUAUACAUCAUGCAGUACCGACACAGCAAGCCCUGCCCCGAGUACAGCGCGGACCUGUGAGCCAAGAGGCAGCACGAGAGGAUUGGUGACUCUGGGGGCCUCACGUGAAGAGCUGUGCUGUCAAGGACUGAGGCAGUUCCUUUGCUGACUCCUGGGCUGUUAGCCCCUUGCCGGGACAGAGUGUUACUGCAAGCUUUGAUAAACACAGCAGCUCUGCCUGGGUUGGAGGGGCGUUUCCUUCUCAGCCAGUUCCUGCCCUGCAGUCAAGCACCAAACAGCUCCUCCUGGAGCAGGACAGUGGGAGGCUGAGCUCACUCGGCAUGCAGAUCCCAGCAGGAUGUUUUGUUGCUUGGCAGACAUGAAUGGCUCAGCCAAGGGUACUCGGGCCUGGACACCAGGUUUUCAGCUGGUGUGCACAGUUAGGAGAACACUCCUGGCAGCGUGCCUGUAAAAUUGUUGGAACUGUGGGAGCUGGUCCUGGACCCAAACCACAGGCCUGUGGGUGGUGCAUCCUUCAGCCUUUACAGGGAAGAUGUGUUAUGCUUCAGGAUUGGCACAGGAACGCAUGAACUGGAAUUCAGUGGAUUUCUGUCCUGCUCUGGAUGACCUCUUUCCCAUUCCCUGGGAGAUAACAUGAUAUCCUGCACACCUAGAUCUUCAUUGCAGAUCUUAAAAAUAGCCCGCCCCAAGGAGGGGCAGGGUUGUGCCAUUGCUUGAAGAAAUUUCUCUAGAUCCCUUCAGUAAUCUGGAAUCAGUAUUCCAGGAGUAGCACUAAGGCUGCGUGUCCAUGUUUGUUGUUGUUUUGCAAUCAGGGAACCUGCUGGGGCUGCAGAUUCCUGACUGUUGGCCUUUCCCUAUGUGCAGGAUGAUACUGCACUCACACACACUGCUGUCCAAAAUGACUUGCUUUCACAAUCCUGCCCCCGUGCCAAGGCUGCUUGGAGUUUCAGGAUGUGUUGUAGAACCUUCCCUUAUGAAAUGAACACCAGGGAGCCACAGAAUACACUGGUUAUCGCACAGCUGCUGCCCAGCACUAUUAAGCUCCAGGGGUGCCAGUCUUCCAAACAGCAUUAAAAUCCUUUGGACUUCUGGGUUAGAGGCAAGGAUGCUGUUGGGACGAAUCCUAAGUGGCUACAUCCUUGUGGAGAGGGCUUCCCCCAAUGCACGAGGAGACGCUGGCUCUGUGCAGUGACUACCCCAGGGCAGGCACGUUCUGUUGGUUGCCCAAAGCUGCCUCCCUCUGGGCUAAGGCAGAGGAGCAGGACUUGGUUUCUGGUCAGGGCGUGUCAAGGAGACAUGGAGUGGAGGUGGAAACUUACAGACAGGCACCUGCACUCCUCGGGCACAGAGAAGGCAGGAUGGGAACUCCUCCUGAUGUGCUGGACAGGGAUGCUGUCUGUUUAGGUCAGAGGGUGGUUUUGGUGCUUUUCUGUUGGUCUUUUUUAACUCCAGAAACAAGUAUUGGCAAAACUGACUCUGCAUUAAUGAUUCAGCUCCCAGAGCUUUCAGCCUUUCAAUGUAAACACUGAUUUUUUAAAUGAUUUUUUAACUUGACAGCCAAGCAAGUUUCAAGUGCACUAAUUACUACUACUGAAGCCUGACAAGGAACUUGCAAGUGUAAAAGUCUGUUUCCAGUGUUAUGUGUACAGUAAUAUCCCAAUAAUGUGUCUGUAAUAUUACUGAGCAUUUGCUAAUGUAUUUUUAUAAUGGAAACUCUUAACUUCUCCAGCAGUUUUCACCAGAUAAGGAAACUGAUUGCCAAGCUGUGCAUUUUUACCUGACACGAUUUAUCAAGCUGCAUGAUGAUCUUUGAUGUACAUACUGAACUUAUAAAUAAAUUCCAGUUCAUUGGC